GACACCAUGAAGACUCUUUUGAUUUUGUUGGUCUUAAUGAAUCUGGACAAGCUCCUGAAGACAGGAGACUGCACAGAAACACAAGACCAAAUGCUAUUAAUCACUCCGAAAACACAGGAGCAAGUGAACCUUUUGAUGAACAUUUCCACUGAGUCAACCUUAUGCCUGCCUGGUUCACCUGAGGACAUCAAAGAAGAAGCUGAGGUCCGCUUGUUUGUUUAUGCAAACAGGGUGGAGACCGUCAAGGAUCUUCUACAGAAACACGCCAUGACAUAUGAGGUGUUAGUGGCCAAUGCCAAAGAGAUGGUGGAAAUGGAGAAGAGGAAUAUCUCUGCUGACAGAAGCAGCUCAGCUUUCUACGAGAGCUAUCACAGUCUGGAGGAUAUCUAUCACUGGAUGAACAUGACCCAUCAGGAGAAUCCCGACACAGUCAACGUAAUUCUGAUUGGCUCCUCAUUUGAGAAGCGACCACUCUAUGUCAUGAAGUUGUCUCUCAACAACAAGCCGAAUAAGAAAGCAAUGUGGAUUGACUGUGGGAUCCAUGCCAGAGAGUGGAUCUCUCAUGCUUUCUGCUUAUGGUUCGUACAAUAUUCUUUGUCAUCUUACAAAAUAAACCAAGACAUCACUCACAUCCUGGACAACAUGGAUGUCUACAUCAUGCCUGUUAUGAACCCUGAUGGAUACGAGUACUCGUUGACAACAGACAGAAUGUGGCGGAAGAACCGUUCUGUCAUUAACGGCAGCAACUGCAUCGGGGUCGACCUCAACAGGAACUUUGAUGCCAACUAUACCAACUGGUGCAAGGAGGAACACUCUGAUGACCCUUGCUCUGAGACCUACUGUGGUGCAUUCCCCGAGUCAGAACCAGAGUCGCAAGCCGUGGUCAACUUCCUGCGCAAUCACAAGGAUUCAGUUCAGCUCUUCUUCAGCAUCCACUCCUACUCCCAGAGGCUACUCUUCCCCUACUUUCACACCUUUGAUGAACCAGAGAACUACCAAGACCUGAAUGAAAUGGCCCAAGAAGCUGCCGAGAAUAUCAGAAGAUAUCACAAUAACACCUUCUCAUAUGGCCCUGGAGCAAAUACAAUAUACGUGGCUCCUGGUGCAUCUAUUGACUGGGCAUACGACCUCGGCAUCAAGUAUGCUUUCUUGUUUGAGCUCCAGGAUCAUGGUACUUAUUGCUUCCUCCUGCCUCCAUCUCGCAUUGCAGAGGCCUGUAAUGAAUCUCUUACUGCUGUGAAGACCAUAGCUCUCAAGGUUAUAGAGAAAACACAUGCUCCAACAAGUCCUCCUCAAGCUGCCUGAGCUGCCAUCAAGGCUAAGAGUUCAACAUCUAAGCCAUGUAUCAAUAUUAAGGUUAUAAUCAUGUAAUUGAUGAUAUAUAUAUAUAUAUAUAUAUA